GAAAAAUCAAAGCCAGCCCACAUAAGAACGACAGUUGUAGAGAGAGACGAUGAGAAAUAUGAAGAGAGAGAGAGCAUUGAUCAUAUAACAGAGAGUCUAUAACACGUAUACAUCAGCAGAGCUCGAUACACAUUUGAAAACCCACCAAUAAUAUAUUGCACACAACAGUCGAUGAAAUGAUAGUAAAUGCUCGAAUUUUUUUGAAACGUUUGGUGAUUUUGACGGUGUUUAAGGGCGGCGAUAGGUUAAUAUAACAGUAAAUUCCGAGUUCUGGAGGUCCGGUGGGUUUUUGUAACGUACGGAAUUUUUUGUGAUCUGUUCGGUUUUUGGUGUUGAGAGAUUUUGAAGAAAAGGGGGGAAAACAAAAAAUUGGAGCGAGAUGGGGUUGAUAUCGGGAAUGGUGAUGGGUAUGGUUUUUGGGAUCGGGCUGAUGGCGGGCUGGAAGUAUAUGAUCAGCUACAGAAGCAGUAAGCGUAUCGCUAAGGCAGUUGCUACUAAACAGUUGAGCUCACUCAACAGGGAUGAUGUAAAGAAGAUAUGCGGCGAAAGCUUUCCACAAUGGAUAUCGUUUCCUGUUUUUGAGCAGGUGAAAUGGCUGAACAAACAACUGAGCAAACUUUGGCCAUUUAUUGCAGAUGCUGCGGAGGCUAUCAUAAAAGACACUGUUGAACCGUCACUGGAAGAAUAUCGACCUCCAGGAAUUACUUCUCUCAAGUUCAGCAAAUUGUCUCUUGGAACUGUGGCGCCUAAAAUUGAAGGGAUUCGAGUCCAGAGUCUUAAGCAAGGUCAAAUCACAAUGGAUAUUGACCUCAAAUGGGGCGGUGAUCCUAACAUAAUUCUAGCUGUUCAGGCAGCACAUGUUGCUUCUAUACCCAUACAGCUAAAGGAUCUUCAAGUUUUCACUAUAGUCCGGGCUAUUUUCCAGCUUGCGGAUGAAAUCCCUUGCAUCUCUGCAGUUGUUGUUGCUCUUCUUGCUGAGCCAAAGCCACAAAUUGAUUACACUCUGAAGGCAAUUGGUGGAAGCUUAACGGCUAUUCCUGGCAUUUCAGAUAUGAUUGAUGAUACCGUUCAAACAAUCGUAACAGAUAUGCUGCAAUGGCCCCACAGAAUAGUUAUUCCUCUCGGUGGCAUACCUGUUGAUCAGAGUGAGUUGGAACUUAAGCCUGUGGGAAAGCUUGCAGUAACAGUGAUGAAGGCGAACGACCUAAAAAACAAGGAGUUGAUUGGCAAAUCCGACCCAUAUGUUGUUGUGUACAUACGUCCGCUGUUUAAAGUCAAAACAAAAGUCGUGGACAACAAUCUCAAUCCUGUUUGGAACGAGACAUUCGAGUUAAUUGCAGAAGAUAACGAGACACAGUCUCUCAUUUUCGAGGUACUUGAUGAAGAUAUUGGGGACGACAAGCGGCUGGGCAUUGCAAAGCUGCCUUUAAUCGAGCUAGAAGCCGAAAUGCCUAAAGAGUUUGAGUUGAGGCUGCUUCCCUCACUCGAUAUGCUCAAAAUCAAAGAUAAGAAAGACAGGGGGACUCUAACUAUUCAGGUUCUGUAUCACGAGUUCAAUAAGGAAGAGCAACUAGCGGCCCUUGAAGAGGAGAAGAGAAUAUUGGAAGAGAGGAAGAAGCUAAAGGAAGCCGGCGUGAUUGCCAGCACGGCCGAUGCCCUCGACGGGGCGGCAUCCCUCGUCGGAUCCGGCGUCGGCAUGGUCGGAACCGGCAUUGCCGGCGGUGUGGGCCUCGUUGGAAGCGGGCUCGGGGCAGUCGGGAGUGGGCUGAGCCGGGCUGGGAAGUUCAUGGGGAGGACUAUAACCGGGCAUUCUGGUGGGUCCAGGCGGAGCGGGUCGUCAACGCCCGUGAACUCCGUCCAGGAGAAUGGCGGCGCAAAACCACGGCACACUUGAUUGCUAUUGGGAUGGAAAACCUUUUCUUUUCUUUUUCUUUUUUUUCCUUCUUUUUUAUUUUUGGAAAUUUUGGUUUAUUGUGUUGGAGUAAAAUACAAUUAUUCGAGGAUUAUUGUUAAAGGCAUUAGCUGCCCGUUCUCAGGUUGGGCAGUAAGG